AUGAGUCAACGUGCAGAUGAUCACGUAGGAAACGUGAAAGAAAAUUCUAAAUGUACAAGCGUGAAAAACAAAUCAAUCAAUUCCAAAGAUCCUUCAGAAACACCUGACGGAAAGAGUAUAGAAAAUAGUGAAGAGAAGUUGAACGAAAUGAUAUCACAAUCACUUCAUAUAAAGCAUCACAAUAACCUAACAAAUGGCACUAGUGAACAUUCGAAAAUUAAUAAUGAACCUAUUAAGGAUUCGUCAGAACAACAAUCUCCAUGUGAAGAUACUCUUGUAAAUAGUGUACAUUGUAGUGACUUAACUCAACACACGGAUAAUACUAAAAAUGGUUCAUCUGAACCAAAUGAGAAAAGGACUCUUGAUAGUGUCCAGAAAGAUGACAAUCAUUUUCAAGAUACAGAAAAUGAUGGAAAGAUAUUCAUUGUAUCAUAUGAAUCUGAGUUACAAAUGCCUGAAAUCAUGAGACUAAUACAGAAGGAUUUAUCUGAACCUUAUUCAAUCUACACAUAUAGAUAUUUUAUACAUAAUUGGCCUAAGCUUUGCUUUUUGGCAAUUGAUGAUAAAAAUUGCAUUGGUGCCAUUGUAUGUAAGUUAGACAUGCAUCGCAAUGUUGUUAAAAGAGGCUACAUUGCUAUGUUGGCAGUUGAUAAGAAAUAUAGAAAAAGAGGUAUUGGAUCUAAGUUGGUUCAACAAGCAAUACAGGUCAUGAUUGAUGACAACGCUGAUGAAGUUGUAUUAGAAACAGAAAUAACAAAUAAACCUGCACUAAAACUGUAUGAAAAUUUGGGAUUUGUUAGAGACAAACGCUUAUUUAGAUAUUAUCUUAAUGGUGUAGACGCAUUGAGAUUGAAACUUUGGCUCAGGUGA